AGAUCUGUCAAUGGAAGUGGGCAAGUAAUGGUUCCUUUUACCGACCGACUGACCGACCGACAAAAAUUACUAGUGUUUGCUAUGUUAAUAUGUUAAAUAUUGUUGUAUCUGAUAACUGAAACAAAAAUCUCGUAAUUAUGGCGGAUAGAGAUCUUUCUAUGGGACCCCGUGAAGGAGUAACAUACCCUGUUAGGGUGCAGUACUGUGGAAAUUGUUCGAUGCCGAUAGAAUACUGCGAGUACUACCCUGAAUAUGAUAAAUGCAAGCAAUGGUUGGAAAAAAACUUGCCGACCGAGUUUGAAAAAGUAAAGAUUGAUGAAGAAGAGAAUGCUGGCGGUGAAGAGGAGAAAAAAAGGCAGAAGCGUGGUGGCAAGGGCAUGCUUAAGUCCAAGAAGAAGGAGGAUGUGCCCAAGCUUGUGCAAGUCUCCCGCGCGCCGCGCGGCAAGAAGAAAUCAGUCACUGUUGUAUCUGGCUUGAGCACCUUUGACAUUGACUUGAAAGUGGCGGCUAAAUUCUUUGGCACCAAGUUUGCCUGUGGAUCAUCAGUGACAGGAGAUGAUGAGAUAGUGAUACAGGGAGAUGUUAAAGAUGAUCUCUUUGAUAUUAUACCAGAGAAGUGGCCUGAAAUUGAUGAGGAUAGUAUUGAAGAUUUAGGUGACCAGAAGAGAUAGUCACAAUUUUAGUAUAACAAGAAUGGGAGAUCUUUAUUCCUCUGUCUGCAUGAAACAUUUGUGAUAACAUUUUGUAUCUAUGAUGUUUGUUAUGUUACCUCUACUUGGAAAUUGUGAGAUCAGGGUCAUGUAUGGUCAAUUUUACAAGUUAGCAUUUUACCCCUUCUUCUUUCUUUUUAAGGUAAUAAAGAAGCACAAAGUGAAUUUGCCACCAAUAAAAUGCUACCGUCGUUUCAAUGCUUUUAGAGUGAGUUUUAAGUUAUAAAUGUCACUGAUUGACACAAAAUGUAUUGAUUUAACAGUUUUCAAAAGUGGAUUUUACACAACGGCAACAAUACAGAUGUUCCGUCAUUUUGGCACAGGAAUAAAGUGCUUUGAUUCAUAUCUUCUUUAUUUAUGAGCUACUGCCAAUAAAAUUAAAGAAUAAA